AUGUUAGUUGAUACAUCAGCAUCGGCUGGUGCUGGUUUAGUAGAUAGAAACCCAAAUACUGUGAACAUUAAUGUGACAUUCAAUGAAGUUAACUUCUCUUCUGAAGAGGAAAGCGUAGAUGUGCCAGAUGAGUUAGAUUAUCACAAGAGAAAGCUAGCUGAGUAGUAAAGGAAGAUGAGUCAGACUUUUAACUAAUAGCCCUCAAGUAUUAAGUAAAUUCAAGAGAAACUCUCAAAGAAAAAGAAAGACUAGAGAGAUUCAAAUAAGUUGAAAAAUCUUGGACUUUACUCUAAUAAUGGCAGCCACAAUACUUACACAAACAGCAGGCAACAAUCUAAAAUCUUCAAAACCUCUUAAAAUAAUACUGAUAAAAAGCAUUAUAUAUAAGCUGUAUCUUCCUAUCCUGACUACUACCGAUCAAUCCAAAGCACUCCGCUGAAAAUAAAUAGUCCGAGUAACAAAAUGUCAAAACCAAAGGGAGACUCAACAAAGAAAAAGCACACUUCAUCAAUUUCAACUAAGCAAUAGCAAAGCCAAACACACAGUCUCCGCAGUAUUUUGGAGUAGACUAAGAAAUUCGUCCCUAAUUUAAGCUAUGUUUAAUCUGUCAACAAUAAGGUUGAUUGGCAGAGAGCUUCGUUCACCCCUUUAACAACUAAAUAAAAAGACAACCCUUGGAUCAAUUUCGGAAGCUAGUAAAAACCUAGAUUAGUUAGCACUCCAAGGCAAGGUCUUACUCCUACAUCAUUUAGAUCUAUAACCCCAACAAGGUUCCCUACUUCAAACUUGUAUCAGAAUAUUCCUAAUUUAAGAUCUAGACCAGCCAGCAAGUCAAAUAAUAAUCGUGUAGCAUAUAAUAAAUCUAAAAAUAAUAAAAAUGCAAUGGAUACAUCCAUAUCCAACACAAAUGCUAGUAUAUUUGAUAGACUGCUAAAAGAUAAUGAAAGGAGAAUAGCUACCAAACAAAGAAUGGAAGAUAUCAAAAAGGACAAGGACGAUGGUAGAAGUGUUAGUCCGAUCAAUAAGACUCUAAACAUGUUUCAAAGCUAAAGUAAAUACAUAAACUCAAGAGAUAUCACAUUAGAAUAAGAAGCUUUGCUGAAUUCCAAACAUGCUACACCUAGGAAUAAUAGAAGAUUUAACUUAAAUGAUAGAACUGGCUCAGCAGCUAGAUCAAUGACACCAAGUAGCAGAUUAAGCAGCAGAAGCAGGAGACAAUAAGAAGAUAUGGUGAACAGAUUUAAGGAUCUUGAAUACAAGAGAGUUAUGACUAUUUAAGAGAAAGCAUAGUAAAAACUGUAAGAAACUCUCGAAGAAAUAAAGAGAUCUCCAUUCUCUGGCAUCAAGUUAGAUCUCAGUAAAGAAUAGUAAGAAGAAAUUGUUUAGUAAGUUGUAAAAAGACUCCAAUUUGAUAAUGAACAGAGAUUGAAGAGACAACAGUAUACAUAAAAUGCAUAUCUAUCAAGCAGCAAGAAAUCAAGCACAGGAAUCACAGAUAAAUCAUCAUAAUCAAAAAAGUAACCAUAGAAAUACAGAAUGGGUGGCUAAGGUAAAUAAGGUCAAUAGAAAAUACAGAUGGUGAAAAGAAGCAUUGGGGGUUAAUAAUCACAACCCACAUUUGCUAAUACUAAAGAUUCAUAUGGAAGACAAUCAGACAUUGACUAUUAGUAUCACAGUUUGUAGCAAUUAGUUCGUGAGGAGUUAGAUUAGGUGAGACAGGGAUGCAAUUACAAUCCCUAUGGUAGAAAUAUAGGUAAAAAUGAAACGGUACCUCAAAAAUCAACAACUCACGAUCUGUCAUCCAAAAAUGAUUAUGCAGUUAAGACUUUGGUUGAUGAAAAGAAUAUGUUUGCUAAGAGAUUCUCAGAGCAAGUAGAUAACAAAAUGAUAAAUCUAGCUGAUAAUAAGAGUGUUGGCUAUCACUAAAGUAUUGCAAACAAAGAGCCCCAAAAUAAUUUAGCUAAAUAAUAAGAAAUAAAACCCUAUAAUGACUUUGAGAUUCAACCUAAUAAUGCCUAGUACUUAGUAUAGCCAGCAAAAAUAUUUGAUGAUGAUCAGAACCUAAAGUCAUCAUUUGCUAUUGAGUAAAGACUAGAUUUUGAUAAAAAGCAAGAAAUUCAGUCACAAUUUCAGGAUAACGAUGUUGGUAAUAGAGAUAGCUUUCAUAACGAUUAAAAUCUGAGUAGUCAUUUCCAUGAGUAGGAUGAUGAAAGUCAUCAUAGUAGUAAAAAAAUAGAAUUAGACAUCGGAACACCAAUGAAGGAGGAGCUAAGCGAUACACAGCUGUUUAAUUAGCUUGAAAAGCAAAUAAAUUAAGAUCUGAAGUAAGUUAGCUUCAGAGCCCAAAAUAUAGAUGAAAAUUUCCACCAUCAGCAUCAAAAUGAUAAAUAAAUUCAUAGAAAUGAUGAUUCUAACGAUCACGAGAAUACUAACCCUUUCGAAGAUGCUUCGUACAGUUCACCUUAAAAACAAAAUGCAGAGAUAUACAUGACUCAUGAGAAUCAACCAAGAGCUAGCCGCAUUAACUCGGUGCACAACAUGGAUCAGUUAUCGCCAAUAUAGGGGGAAAAUAGAGAUACUAAAGAAAUGGAGUUUGAAUUAGAGUUAGAGGAAGAGGAAUAGAUUCAAGUACUACAGGUCGCUAUGCACGAGCCUAUCAAGGUAUUCGCUAAAGAUUAGAGUUUGGAGUGA